AAACAUAAACGCUGAGUCACACACGCACACACACGAUACGCACGUCGCGGUCGCGGUGUGUGAAAUAAACAAAGUACGUAACUUGAUGUUUCGUCAUCAUCAGCUGACUGCGUCUGAAUACUGUGUCUAUAAUUUUCAUAAAGACGGCUUGUUUUCGUAAUUUUGACUCAGACUACGUGUUUACCAGCCACACAGUUUUAAAUCGAUGGAGUCCAUUCUAAGUGGCGGGCAGCGAGUUCUGUUAACAUGGGGGGAAGGACAGGACCCAGAGGGAAUUAAGAGAGCUGUCGAGAGACUCAGCGCUGCUCUGGGGCAGAAUGGUAAACUUCAGGUGGAAAACAUUGAGAGGCUUGCCCUGGCUGCUCAUCAGAAGUCUGUGUUUGAUGUGGCUCUCCUAGGAGCUGUCAACCCUCCCUCUGUAACACAUACCAUGGACCACCUUGCUGAGGUAGCCAGAAUACUAAAACCCAGUGGGAGGAUGUACCUCAGAGAGCACAGUUCCCCAAAAGAUGGAAGAACAAAGGAGAAGCUUGUGUCGUUGCUCAAAGUGGCUGGCUUUGUCAGCAUCUCACAGCCUGAGGAAGCCCUGUUGAGUCUUGAGUCACAAGGUGAAGUGAACGGCACCGACGGUGUGAUCGAGCUAUGUUGCAGUAAUCCAGCAUUUGAACUGGGCUCGGCUGUGUCGUUACCGCUCUUUGCAAAGAAGAAAGAAACCAAAGGGAAAUCUAAAGCAGAAGUGAACAAGGUCUGGACGCUAUCGUCAUUUGACAUGGCUGAUGAUGAUGUGGACAUCAUUGACUCUGAUAAACUACUAGAAGAAGAAGAUUUCACCAAACCUGAUCCCAGUACACUAAUAGCUGAGUGCGGUCCAAACUCAGCUAAGAAGAAAGCGUGCAAAAACUGCACCUGUGGAUUUGCUGAGGAGUUAGAUGAAGGCGCUGUCAAAUCAGAUAAAGUCAAGAAAUCGGUUACAUCAUCGUGUGGAAGUUGUUAUCUCGGAGACGCAUUCCGCUGCUCCAGUUGCCCAUACCUAGGUAUGCCUGCCUUCAAGCCCGGAGAAAAGAUUACCCUCAGUGAUCGACAGCUCAACCCUGACCUGUGAUAUAUUCAACCUGACAUCAUAAACUUUGAACUCUGACCUUUGAAAGAUCACUCGGUGAUGCUAGGACAACUGUGUUUCAUUAUGACCUCAACAUGACCUCAACAUGACCUGUGAUAGAGUCAACUGUCUUAAUGAACCAAGAGAUUUAGCAGAAGCCGAAUAUUUCAGUAACCAUUUAGCAUCUCGUAUCAGGGAAUUUAUACUUAUGGGUGCAGUUGAAGUACUUAUAGAUGUCAAGAACUUGUAUAUAAAUAAUAAUAAUCGUAUAACUUGGUAUGAAAUAAUGUUGUCAACAAAAUAAGGACAAAAUAUUAAUAUAUCAGGGCCCAAUUUCAUAGAGCUUUUAAGCACAAAAAGUAGCCAAGUCGUAGAACAAUGUUGUCCACCAGGAUAAGGUGACCAGCCAAAAUACCAUGGGACAUGCAACGUAUGUGGUUGGUUUCCUGCUCAUUGAUGCUUAGCAGAAGUCUUCUAAGCAAUAAUUCUGAUUAAGCAGCUUUAUGGAAUUAAGUCUGUAGUCAUAAAAACUUGCUAAACACAGAAAAAAUAUUCCAUAAAGUUGACCUUGUGGCAACUGGUGCCCCACUCUUUUUGCUUAGCCUAACAUUUUGCUUAGCAGUAUUUUCUGCUAAACAGCUUUAUGAAAUUGUGCGCUGGCCUGUUAUGCAAUCAUAUACAGAAUUGUUGACAUUCUCUGGUGUAUAGGUACUCAUUUUACAGUUGAGGUUUUUUUUCUUUACUUAAUUUAAGAAAAAAAAUUGAAUAUUUGUAUAAUUCUACACUAAACCCCACGUCUUUGUUUUAUCUGGUGUUCAUGGGCUAUAGAAAUUUAAAUACAUACAAUGAAAUUGGCCGAGAAAUAUAAGAGGUUUGAAAAAGUUUGGGUUCGAACAAAAAAAAGUUUAAAGGAGCAGGUCUUGAACCAUCACGGACCUCCGUAUAAAAAUGUACCUUUGGUAGUUAAAGACAGUGGACACUAUUGGUAAUUGUCAAAGACUAGUUUUCACAAUUAGUGUAUCUCAACAUA